AUGGUGAAGGCCGUGCAGUCGGCCCUGAGUUCGGAGGCAGAGCGCAAGGGAUUCGGCCGGUGUGGCUACUUCGCGCAGCAGGUGUUCGAUGCCCUCUUCGCCGAUGGGAGCCCGCUGGCCCGCGUCGAGAGGGGCAUCAGAGCUGGCUUCCACGGUAUCGACUCGUUCGCGGAGACGGCUUGUGCUGCCAACGACGUGGUUGGUGCGGGCACCUUCCUGGCCUGCCUGUGGCAGGAGCUCGCAGGCUCGGCAUCCUUCAAAGAUUUGGACGACAGGAGCCUGGCCCCGCUCCUGGUGUGCCUGGGCAUGUGCGGCGUCCGCGUGGCCCGCCGGUUCGCCGAGAGUCGCGUGAGCGACAUGACGGAGAGGGAGUCGCUGCUGUAUUCCAAGGUGUUCGAGAAGCACGGCUGGACCAUGACCGAGUUCAGGAGCCUGCUGAAGCACGGCGGGGUGCGGUGGGAGCACCUCGAGCCGGGCGACGUGGUGGCGCGCGGCCACGGCGGCACGCUGCAGGCGGUGGCCCGGGGCAGCUGCGAGGUCUGGGAUGCGCGCAGGGGCCUGCGCCGGGAGAGCCUGCGGCAGGGCGGGGUCUGGGACCAGCGCCACGCCAAGGAGUCGCACGUCCUGCGCGCCACCGCGCCGACGCUCUUGGCCACCUGGGACUGGCACGAGCUGCAGGCCCAGCUGGGCUCUGACGAGGGCGGCCUGCCGGAGAUCGGCUACAUGCAAGGGUGA